AUAGGCUUAACCGAGAAAAAGGUUUUCUCUUUUACUAAACUAAUCAAAUGUCAAUUAAUUUACUUUCAAUUGUUUUUAAUUAUUCUCUUAUCGACACUUGAUUACUCGCAUUGUGAAUUUGUUAACAUGAUUUACCCACAAUCAGUUGAUUCUCCUUUUAAUUACUUACAAAUUCUCAUCUUGUUGCCUAAUCACUUACACUAAAUAGACACAAACAUACACACACCCGAGAACGAUUUCCAUAUUGUUGGCCGAUUUCAACAGAUUGGGUUUAUUGAUUUUGGAUCUUCUCCUUUCAUGGAUUUGGUGUGAAUUAAUUUCUCUCUGGUUAAUUGGUGAAAUUAUGUUGGGUUUUUAAGCAUGAAAAAUACUAAAUUCUGGUGUCCAUAAUUUCUGGUCAUUUGGUGACUUGCUAUUCUUAUUAUUUUCUUUUAAUUUCUACACCUUCGGUUAUGCUUAAACCAAUGCUUAGAUUAUUAAGACGGAAAAGUGUUCUCUUUUUAAUUCUUCUAUCAUCAUUUACUUAUUCCAUGGUGAUGUUGUUUCGUAAACCAAUGAAUAGGAAUCAUUUUGAGGAAGAUUCAGAUGAUGCACUUGUUGAUAUUGAUAGAGUUAAAUCAAGAUUAAUUUCCUUUCGCAGGAACAUGUACAAAGUUGAAAUUAACGAUGGAACUGGAACUCAAUCAGUUCCUAAUAUCAAUUUUAUCAAUGAAGUUGAUUUUCACCGAGAUGAAUCUCAAAUGACAGAAUCAGCUAAUUUGAAUGUUAAACAAACGGAAACUUGUCGCAAUUCAAUCCAAGGUAAAGUUCUAAUUGCCGAUGAUAAAGGUUAUAUUUGCUCUCGACAUGAUUUAACCUCCGGUGGUUGUUGUCCAUCAACAAAUCCGACAACUAAACGUUACUCUUGUGAGACCUGUAACUCAAAUGGCUGUUGUGCAAUAUAUGAAUACUGUAUAUCCUGUUGUAUGGAACCAGAUAAGAAACCAUUACUUCAAAAGAUAAUUGCAAAUGGUGGUAGUCCAAGUGUUGGUGUUUUAUUUGCUUCGAUUACCGAUCAUUUUGAAUUUUGCCUUACUAAAUGUCGAACCUCAUCCCAAUCGGUGCAACAUGAAAACUCUUAUCGAGAUCCUCGAGUGAAACAUUGCUACGGUGAAGGUCAACCAAUAAAUGGUCCUAAAAAAGAUACAAAAGAUGUCAAUGUAAAUGAAAAUGUUGUCGAUGAAUAAUCAACGGUGAUAAAUCAAAUUCUGUAUCAAUUAGGAGACAAAAUUAAUUGUAAUAACUUUGAACCAAAAAAAAAAACAUGACAAUUGUAAAUUUUGUUUUAUAAUAAUCUCUUUUUCAAUCAAUGAAUGGUGAUUUUUGCUUCCAA